AUGGAGAUCGAGAACAUUGUUGCGAAUACCGUCUACAUAAAAGCUCGAGAGAGUGGCGGCCAAAAGAAAGGGAAAAGCAAAAAGUGGAAGAAUUACCUUCAAUUUCCUCACUAUACAGAAUGCCUGCCUUUGCGAUCUGAAAUCGACGUCAGUUACUCCUACAUUGUUGAACGUCAGCCAAUUGGGAAGUUGUUAUUCCGCGAAUUCUGUGAAUCGACAAGCCCUCAAUUUCACCAAGCCUGUGUCUUUCUGACGAAGGUUGAGGAAUACGAGACUUCUGAUGAUGACGUACAAUGUCGACGAGAACUGGCUCGAUCUAUCAUUUCCCUUCUUGCACCCAGUGAUGAUACUCCCUCUGUGAGAUUUAAUAUUCGUUGGUUUUGUAAACAGUUCCGAUCUAAGACGAUUUUUUUCAGUCAUCCCAGUGUGAUCAUACCAAGUGGUGUUCGUUUUUACCUGAAAACACCAUAUCAUCGAUUAUCGCUACCGCUGACUCAGCUGCCCAAGAUGAAGAGCCACGUACCGACAUUUUUGCUGUUGGUGCGCGCCUACUUAGCAGAUGAACCAUUCAAGCAGUUUCUCGAUUCAAUGCUGUUCUAUCGAUAUCUGCAAUGGAAGUGGUUGGAGAAAAGACCAGUGGAUAAGCACACAUUCAGGCUAUAUCGAGUUCUGGGUAAAGGAGGCUUCGGUGAAGUGUGCGCGUGUCAAGUGAGUCUAGCCUACGCUUACGAAACGAAGGAUGCGCUUUGUCUUGUAUUGACGCUGAUGAAUGGAGGUGAUCUUAAAUUUCAUCUGUACAAUUUGAUGCCCGGAGGCUUUGACGAGAAACGUGUUCAGUUUUACGCUGCCGAAAUCACUCUAGGGCUUCAACAUUUGCACAAAGAAAGAAUAUUAUACCGUGAUCUCAAACCUGAAAACAUUUUAUUAGACGAUUUUGGUCAUGUUCGAAUUUCCGAUCUCGGGUUAGCUGUUGAACUGAAGGACAACGAGCCGAUCAAAGGAAGAGUAGGAACUGUAGGUUAUAUGGCUCCUGAAAUUGUGAAGAAUGAACGAUAUUCGUAUGGCGUGGAUUGGUGGGGUCUUGGAUGCCUCAUCUACGAAAUGAUUGAAGGAAAGGUAUAG